AAAAAGCUGAACUUUUCAGCAAGCAAGUCAGUAGGAGGGUGUGACUCUUUGCUGUGGUGGUGAGCAGCAGUCUUUCAGCGUAACUCCACCGCUGGCGAGGCAAAUUUUUUUGGUUUAAUUUGCCCUCGUCUCGCUUGCCCAGUGGUAAUACACUACCCCGCUUCACUCCUGAAGACAUUUUUGUUGGUUUGAAGGAGGGAUAGGAGGAGGACUUCAAUUAAGUCUGUAUGCUUCCCAAAGUCUGUUGAUCUCAGUUUUUUAAACGCACUAGACUUUCCUAUUCAUAUCUGGAUUUGUAAAAGCAGGCGCAAUGGGGGAUGUGGUCUCAUCACACCUUGAUGAAAGCAAACGAGAGCUCAUCACUGCGCGCACAGGCGAGGUCAUCGGCGAGUUUGGCCGAUUGUAUGAGCAGCAGUUCGUGGUUGCCCUGUUCAACAAAGUGCGCUUUGAUAUCGAAGGGGGCGGAGGACCUCAGCCACAGUUGCUGCACCGCAAGGUCCCUCUGCAGGACAAGUCCAUCUUCUCCGGCACGCUGUUCCAGUACCUGGAGGAGAGCAAGAAGUGGAGGAAUCGCUUCCUCUUCAUCCCCGACUCCUACAAUGUCAACUUCUACGACAGCAAGGCGGGCUAUGAGAAAGGCCUCCAUCCCAAAGGAUCCAUCAACUGUGCGGGGUAUCGAGUGUUGACCUCCAUGGACCAGUACCUGGAGCUGCUGGGUCACAGUUUACCAGGUGUCAAGGCUAAGUCCAGCAGUUCUCCAUUUCUGAAAUGUCCCACCCAGUUCCCUCUGAUCUUGUGGCAUCCGUACGCUGCCCACUACUUCUUCUGCCUGGUGGCCGAGAAGGACCAGCAGAAGUGGAACGCCGUCUUCCAGGACUGUGUCCGACACACCAACAACGGUCUUUCGGAGGAGAGCAAAGUCCAGACUCCAGCCUUCACAGACGCAGUGCGGCUCUACCGCCAGGCCCACGGCCAGUACGGCACCUGGGACAUGUUGUGCGGGACCCCCCCACAGAUUCUGGCCAACCUGGUGAUGGAGAAGCUGCAGCCUGAGCUCCGGGAGCUCAUCUCCCCCCGACUGAAGGGCAAGCUGCAGGAGCGGCUGAGGAGCUGGACGCUGAUCUCGGAUGCGGUGUACCGGCUGGUGCAGUCCCAGGCCAAGGCCCAGUACGAGGCCAUCGUGCAGAGCUGCGAGGCGGGCAGUCCUCCCCUGGAGGCCACCAUACGCACCGACAUGGACCAGAUCAUCACCUCCAAAGAGCACGUCACCAGCAAAAUCAGAGCCCUGGUCCUGCCCAAGGCGGAGAAGCUGCUGAAGGUGAGCAUCCAGCCGUACAUCAGCUCCAUCCUGGAGGCCCUGAUGGAGCCCACCAGCCGCGGCUUCUUCGAGGUGCGCGACGUCUUCUUCCGCGAGCUGGUGGACAUGAGCAAGAACCUGGUCAACGACGGCAGCAAGGAGAAGCUGGGGGAGCACAUGGAGAAGGUCUCCAUGCUGGCGUUCCACCCGGUGAAGAUGCAGUGCUGCUACGAGAAGGUGGAGCCUCUGAGCCUGGAGGGCCUGCAGCAACGCUUCGACGUCACCAGCCCCUCCGUCUUCGUCCAGAGAGCGCAGAUCCUCAUGAGAGAGCAAAUGGACGAUGCCGUCUACACGUUUGAGCAGCUCCUUCACCAGGGUUUGGAGGGACAGGAGGGGGACGACCUCACCAAGGUCAUUCAGCGCUGCCAGGACCGGGUCAUCAAGAAAUUUGACUAUGACAGCAGCACGGUGCGGAAGCGGUUCUUCAGAGAGGCCCUCCUGCAGAUCUUCAUCCCUUACAUGCUGAAGCAGCUCUCGCCCUCCUGUUCUCCCGAGCUUCCGAACUUCCAGGAGUUGAUCUUUGAGGACUUCUCUCGCUUCAUCCUAGUGGAGAACAUCUUUGAGGAGGUGGUGCUGCACACAGUCAUGAAGGAUAUCAUGAUGGCUGUGAAGGAGGCGGCUGUCCAGAGGAGGCACAACCUGUACAGGGACAGCAUCGUGCUGACCAACAGUGACCCCAACCUCCACCUUCUCAGCGAGAACCCGCCGAUCGACUGGGCCGGCGAGUACGGAACGGAGGAGGGGGACGAGGACGGAGCCGAGCAGGACGCCGAGAACAACGAGGUGGACGACGACCCGGAGGUGCAGAAGAGGCGGCGGAUGAAGCAGGUGGUGUCCAUGAUCCAGGUGGACGGCUGCGGGCUGCCCGAGUCGUGCGUGGAGAUGCCCGGCGUGGAGGACAUCCCCGAGGAGACGGAGGGCGAGGCGGACGGGAGGAGCGGAAGCGAGGCGUCGACGUCCCCGGAGGCCACCGGCAAAGUGCCCAACGGGAUGAGCAGCGGCGGCGCUCCCGGUCUGGCCAACGGGAAUGACCUGAAGGUGGACGACAACGCAGCUGCCAGCGGUCAGGCAGACCAGAGCGUCGCCUCGGCGACGGAGGCCUCCAGAGAGGCUGCGGAGAAGCCGGCGGCGGCGGAGAACCCUCCGGCAGACCCGGCGGUCGAGAGCGCCAUUCAGGAGAUCGAGAAGGCCGUUCUGGAGGAGGAUGGCGAGCCGAGCGCAGCACCAUCCACCCAGACAGAAGCAGCAGAAACGCGCUCUGAGCCUGAAGCCCCUCCGUCAAAAGAGGACGAGCCGGUCAACAAACCCCGGGCGCAAGAGGAAGCGGUGACACCUUCUCAGCAGCAGGUGGAGCCAGAGAGCACUUCACAACCUCCUGCUGAGUCAGCGGGUGACUCCAGUGCUGGUCAGUCUGAGAACAGCAGCGUCCAGUCACCGGCCACUGAGGUCACCGAAGUUACAAAGAAACAGGAAGAACAUCAGCAUAUUCAGGUGCAGGAGAAGCACAGUGACUCUGUGGAAGAGGAUUCUGGGAAGGGAGGGUCCACAGAUCCAGAGGUAGCCAAUGAGAUGUGAGACUGUAAGUUGAGUAUUUUUCUUUUUUUUUCUUUUUUUUUGAGAGGAAAUUGACAGCCAAAUUUUCAUAGGUUUGCUUCGUUCAGCUUCAUGCAAAAGGUGAUGGAACAUUUUUGUUUGUUUGUUUAAUUGUGCACAAUAUUGUUCUUAGUAUUGUUUCUCGAGUUGGUUAUUUGAAAUCUUUGUUUGUGAAUGAUUUCGGCCACCUCCGACAACACGUUGUCCUUUUCUUCACACAUUUCCGUUGCCCUGCCAACAGUUGAGCCUCGCUCGGCUAGCGUCACGAGUCCCAUACAUCUCCAGGCCUCUUCAUGCGAACGCGCUCUGUGACCACUGCUGCCUGUCUCUCCUGUGCACAUUGCCAUGUUCUAACUGCAUCUUUAGUUGUGAAAUUUAGUUUCCAUUAACGUCGGGGCGGGAUCCUAAUCGGUUGUAAACGUCCUGCUCUACGGCUGACUUUCCACGUGGGUCCAGUGUUCAAAAGAACUGUACUGACAACGAUGGUAGAAAACCACUCACUUACCCAUGCAUGCCAACUGGUGAGUGAAUAACACUCCAAUGUCGCUCGAAUGCAAGCAGAAAACACUGUAUUUAUGUUAAAAAUAAUCUCUAUGUUUGUUUAUAUUAUUUGUGUUUUCAUAAAUGUCUUCACUCCAAGUCCAGUACGGUGUUUUGUAAAUAUGAAAUUGUGGGUUUAAUGGCCUACUGUAGUAGCUUAGCUUCUGAGCUUAUGGUGCUUUUUUACUGCAGAUACAAAUUUGAAUAGGUGGAGUGGAUAUUGCGGGUCCUACCAUAUUUCUGAGGGCUGUUCAUUAACUAAUGAAUUGAUGGAGUAUUGUUGUUAUUUCUGUUCUUUAUCAGUUUCACUAAGUCUCUGACUCUCCAGUCCUCUUGAAUAUUUUCUGCAAUAUGUUGUAUGUCCCAUGACAAUGUGCUUUGCUGUUGUUGUAGUGGAGAUAAAUGAAUUGAGUAGACAAUGGCUAUUUAGGACAGGUAUCACUAUUUCAAAUUGAAAUGACAAACUAUCAAAAUAAUAUUGAUGUGCAAAAAAACAUAAGAAUCUUUAUAUGCCUACCUAGGUUCAUGCUUGUCAUUUUCACAACACUACUUUGGAAAUGUAACCGUCCCAUGGCAUGGCCCUGACCAUUUUGAAACACAGUUUAUUUUUUAUUUAUUAUGCUGCACUUGGCAUCAAAUCAUAUUUUAUUUUCCUCUUGUUUUUUUUUUACAUGUGUUUGGAAGAGUCUUUUAAGUAUUAUUUUACUCGUUUCAAUGACAAUUCUUCACAAUAAAUCAUAACCAGUAACAUUGCUUUUACUGGGUCCUUUUUAUUUUAUGAGGUCAAACUUUGUGCAUUCCUUUAAAAAAAACAAAUAAAUUGUUUUACCAAUCUA